AUGAAGCCACAUACCAAACCCAUUUCAAGUCCGGGUCGAACCGAGAAGUUUCCGCCACCGUUGAUGAGAUUUUUGAGAAACAAUGCCGGAAGCAGAAGCAGAGGAAGGUCGAGAUCCACCACCACCAUUUUCCCAAGGAAGAAGAACACCGCCAUUGAAACCCAAGAACCCUCUUCCCCGAAAGUCACGUGCAUGGGGCAAGUCCGUGUUAAACGCUCCACCGGUAAAAGGGUACCGUCCGCCGCCGACGGAGCUCCGACCAAGUGCCGGUGCAGAUGGCGGGUCCCACAUGCCCUGUUUUUCAGUCGUUUAACAAAACCCAGUUUUUGUUUCCCCUUUCAGUGCAAACGAGUUUGGCCCAAUUGGGGGUUCUCAAGAAGAGACAAAAGGGAUUCCAAAGUUACCGAAACUUCGCCGAAAACAGAGUUGAACUUCAGGUUAAGGUCUAACCCUAAUUACGACGACUCAGAAAGUGAAAACAGAGCCACCCCUAGCGCUUUCGUUUCUAACACCACAACUACCCCACCGAGGAAUGCUUUGCUAUUAACGCGCUGCAGAUCCGCUCCGUACAGUUAUCCAAGAAGGUUGUGGAACGAAGAGAUAGAGGCUGAAAACAGAGUACCCGAUGAGAAAAACAUAGACCCAAAGUUUGAGGCGAAGUUGCGGUUCUUCAAAGAGCUUGAGGAGUCACUGAGAGAGAGAAUAAUGGAGUCAGAAAAGGCCAGGGAGGACUCUGACUCUGCGCGUCCUUUGGUGCUGACAAGGUGCAAAUCUGAACCAGCAAGAACCACGCAAAAACUCGCUUCUGAGAUGAACGGUGUUUCCAAAACUUUGGGGUUCGCUCGUGCCAUCAUUUCACAUGGUUUGUGA